AUGGCGUCAAGCUCUACCGAAACGACUCCCUUGGUCUCGUCAAUGUCGAGCUCAAGUCGAGCGAUACCUCCCAAGCCUCAGCGAACCGUCACAUUCAACCCAACCGUCACAUCGACUAGUCCGAAACCACCGUCGCGGUCAAUCUCGCACAGCGCCUCCGCUUCCGGCCAUGGUGCCACUACCCAGGGUGGACAGCCCAUGCUUUCGACAUUGAACAGUAAGCUGCGGAGAAGGAACAGCUCCGGUGCGCCUGCCAGAAUACCCCCCGCGUCGGUGCCCAAGAUCGGUCCCCAGAGAACGACGAGGACAGCCCAGAAACUCAAGCUCCUUCCCGACCCGGCCGCGGAUGAAGCCGAAGACGAAGAGAGCGGACGCGAUGUCUAUGUGCAAUACACCAGGAUAAAGGACCCUACAGCGCGAAGAGAUGCAGCCAGACUAGGAAAGGCAGACAGGGAGCGACUACCAAGAGUGACGGCAUAUUGCACGGCCGCGUCGUACAAGCUCGAUGAAAUGAUGCGAUUUCUGAAAGGCAAGCAAAAGAUCAGAGGAGCCGCGCCGAAGCGCUUCGAUGAAUGCAUAUACUCGCCGUACAACUAUGGAUCUACAAAAGGCCCAGAAGACGUCAGCAGCACUGCUGUACUCGACGGCUUUACGGAAGAGAGGCCGAGAAGGUUCUCGGACAGCGCCAUUGAGGUGGAGCACGAGAAUGAGAGAAGGAGGCAGGAUCUCAUCGACUUGCACGAGGAUGGCGAUGCGCCAGAAAUUGUGAAUGAGCAAGCCAUUGGCCCUAGACGGCCGUCGAUCACCCACGCCGACUCGGAUCCGCAAAUGGACGCGCCAGAUUUCGAUACACGCGUGCAUACUCCGGAAGUGUUCUUGUUCGAGUAUGGCACUGUUGUCAUCUGGGGUAUGACAUUGCAAGAAGAGAAGAAGUUCUUGAAGGAAAUAGCCAAGUUCGAAGUCGACAAGCUCGGCAAAGACGAGAUUGAGACGGAAGAAUUCAAUUUCUACUACACGCGCGAGUAUCAGGCCCGGAUAUACAACGACUUCAUUAGUCUACGCGACAAGAAGAACUACAUGAUCAAGUUGGCCAUCAGCCACGGCCUUUCUCAGAGUGUCAAGACAUCGCUUUUUGAGGAUCUAGUAGACAACACUAUCGAUGAGACAAAAGACAUCCCGGCCGAGAUCGCCAGCUCUGGCAAGAUCAACCUGAACAAAAAGCAAAUCAACAUGCAGAUAGGAGAGCUGUUCAUCCUCCGUAUUAGUAUACAUCUACAAGGAUCGGUUCUGGACGCGCCAGAGCUUAUGUGGGCUGAGCCACAGCUAGACCCUGUGUACCAAGCUGUCAGAAGCUAUCUGGAAAUGGAUCAGAGAGUCAGUCUUUUGACCGAAAGACUGAACGUCAUUGGAGACUUGCUUGCUGUUCUCAAGGACCAACUGACUGUGACGCACGGCGAAUUGCUUGACCGGUAUGCAGAUCACGUCGGAAUCCACUAUGUGCUCUGUUCGAAGCUGCGCCAGUUCGCCUACGAGGAGCUCGAGUUCUUCCUCCCGCAGCUAUGUCACCUGCUCAUCAGCAUCGACAAUGAGUCCAUGGCUCUGGAGGAAUUCAUAAUAGACUUGUGCGAGGAGUCGGUCAACGGCGCGCUUCUGACAUUUUGGCUGUUCCAGACAUAUCUCCACGAUCUCGCAAGCGCCCCCAACUCCAUCGCCUUCAAGACAUGUCGCCGAAUAUACAACAGGGUCCAGCGCAUCGUCUUCGGAUCCGCCGAGCCGCAGCGCCGAGAGAAGAUCAAGGAGAACGUACUCCCCGUCACCGUACUCUCUAGUCUGGUCCUUGCGAGCAUAGCCGCGCCCUUUCUCCCAGCUCACGCCGGCCCUCUGGCAAUUGCGCAGGCGCGGAAACCCAGACCCGUCGAGGACAUCAUCUCGGAUAACGUGCAGACAGCCAAGGUCGGAAGGAGCAAGACUGUCACUGGAGGAUCGUCAAGAAGCAAGGAGAAGAGGGUAGCAGCCCAGCACUCAGACCCCGAAGAUGGGCGCUCGAUCAAGGCUUCAUCUUCGCGACCCCGCGACCCGAAAGAGCUAAGGAAGGCGGCAGCGCGGCCACCAGCUGCUCAACGGGCCCCUUCGAUGCAACACCGCCCUUCAUUGUUGUCAAUAGCAUCAGAAGCCCGGCUCAGCUCGUCAUCGUUACCCGACUUCCGAGACGGCAAAUCGUCCCCCCUCCCUACUCCCCCAGCGACUGCCGGUUUAGGACCAGGCCCACUUCAACAUGGCUUACGCAAGUCGGGACUACCACCAAGGCCUCUUACACCUACUGCAUUGACCCGUACCCAGAAAAUUCGACUUCUACGAUCCAACUACUUCCGCAACGAAACUCAGUUCCUGAGCGCUCUCGAGGACAUCUCAAAUCGCUUGGUUGUUGUUCCAAAACCCGCACGGUUGAGCGCGCUGAGAGCUGAGCUAGCAUUGAUAGAUCAGGACUUGCCAGCCGAAGUAGACAUACCUCUAUUAUCGCCUCCGACUCUCAAGGACGGGAUCCCAUCGCAAAGCCAGCAUCACCGUAUAGUGCGCAUAAACCCUGCGGAAUCAACUAGUCUCAACAGUGCAGAGCGAGUACCUUACCUGCUCAUGGUUGAGGUUCUGGAGGAGGAUUUUGAUUUCGACCCAGACACUGAACAGAACCAGCAGUUGCUCGAAAAGUUGAUGCUAGAGAAAGGCACCUCGAGAAGACGUCUUUUCGACAUCACCAAUGCCGAGUAUCUUGCAUUCGAUCGCACACCACCCAACGGAUCCGACAGUGUGUUCGAGCCUGCUACUGGAGACCUGGGUAGUACCUCACUCAUCAAGGACAUGGAUGAGAACGACAUUGCGUCUGGAAUGGCGCGCGUGACAUUACCUGGUGCAACCGCCAAUGGGAAAGCCACGGCCCCAAGGUCUUCAAGCGGAGCGAACACUCUAUCUUCAGUGGCUACCCUUUCUACGCCACGAACGUCCGACUCGCAAAUCAGCAGAUCGAACAGCCCUGGCCCUAUCAGGCGUAUGACAAUUCCAGCAAACCUCAAUUCACGGAAUCAGGCUGUCGACCAACCAGACUUCUCCGCCCUCGCAACCCACAUGCGCACUGCUGCUCAAAUGCUCGCACAACUUGAAGCAAGCGGCGCAAAACGGCCAAAGGGCGAGGUGGCAGCCAUCAAAGCCAAGAUCAUUGCUAGUAUGCAGACAUUGGAAGAGCAAAACUUCUUGAACGAGGAUCAGGGACCAACAUUCGACACAAUCAUGGCAGAAUCAGAUCCAACAGCAAUCACAGGCGAACCAGAAGAGCUUGAAGAUGGUCUGCCGGUCGCGACCAACUCGGGUGCAGGUGCAGCUCGUAUGGAGAAUGAUCUCAAGACGGGUGGUAUGCGGCGGAAGGGUGACCGUGACGACCCCAGUGCCGCGACUUUCGGUGAAGAAUGGAGUGCAAAACGAGAACGGAUACGACGGUCCUCACCAUACGGCCACAUGAAGAACUGGGAUCUCAUCAGUGUCAUUGUCAAGACAGGUGCCGACUUACGUCAAGAAGCCUUUGCCUGCCAGCUCAUCGACGUUUGCACCAAGAUCUGGGAAGAAGCAAAUGUACCCGUCUGGACAAAACGCAUGCGCAUCCUCGUCACAGGCGAAUCCUGCGGACUCAUCGAAACCAUUACAAACGGCGUGUCUCUCCACUCACUGAAGCGAAGCUUAACACUAGCCAGCAUAGCAGCAGGCACCAACCCCCGCAAACGCAUCGCGACUCUAAAAGAUCACUGGCUCAAGACCUUUGGCGAACCAGACUCGGAAGCUUAUAUUGCGGGUGUAGGUUGCUUUGCCCGCUCCCUCGCUGCCUACAGCAUGAUUUGCUACGUGCUGCAGCUCAAAGAUCGCCACAACGGUAACCUCCUCAUCGACAACAUGGGCCACAUCAUCCAUAUCGACUUUGGCUUCAUGUUGUCCAACAGUCCCGGCAGCAUGGGUUUUGAAGCCGCGCCUUUCAAGCUAACGCAAGACUACGUUGACGUGCUAGGCGGUGUGACAGGCUCUGCGUUCGAAGAAUUCAAGACGUUGUGUAAAAAGGCGUUCCAGGCGCUGAGAAAGGAUGCAGAGAGGCUGAUUAUGCUAGUUGAUCUCAUGAGUAAGAAUAGUAGUAUGGAUUGUUUCAAGGCGGGUGCGCAGACUGUGACGAACAGUCUAAGGGCGAGGUUGAUGCUGCAUUUGAGUAGGGAGGAGGCUGAAGGGUUCGUCGAGGAGCUGGUCGCGAAGAGUGUGGGAAGUUAUUAUACCCGACUUUACGAUACUUUCCAGUACCGCACACAAGGCAUAUAUUAA